AUGGCAUCGCUUCAGUAUGUAACGCUCAUAUCUUACGCGAUUGUUAUCAGAAGCAGGAUCUGUCCACUUGUACCGGAGGCACAAGCGGAGGUUCCCAAUUUUGAAAAGUUACGCUUACACUAUGAUGAAAAGUACUUCAAGGUUGCCCUAAAGAAAAUCACGUCGUCGGAUAAUCAAACGGUUUUCAAUGCAUUGAUGAGAGUCACAAAUGGUAUACCGUUUUUAAGCAAACUAUUUCCAAAGACUUUACAAGAAAUGCUCAACGAAGGCAUCGCGCGGGCCGAGAAGACUAUUUUUGCGGAAAGUUUUUCUCCUUUCAAACGUUUACAUGUUUUUGAUGCAAUAAAAAUCUCAGAUACUCUUGUUGAGGAGCUGGUGAGCUUCGAUCUUUCGCACACUGUCAAUGCUAUGGCGGAGAUUGCUGAACUACUGAAACGGCAGCGUUUUUUCAUGAAAACAUAUCUUGUGGGAAAAGAAGUUAUGAAGAUCAAUGGAGUGAGGAUAUUUAUUGAUUGGUGCGAACUUAUCGAUUAGCG